AUGGUGGACCAGCUCCAAGGAACGUGGAAGUCCGUUUCUUGUGAAAAUUUUGAAGAAUAUAUGAAAGAACUAGGAAUUGGAAAAGCCAGCAGAAAACUGGGCUCUCUGGCCAAACCCACUGUGACCAUCAGCACAAAUGGAGAUGUGAUCACUAUAAAAACCAAAAGCAUCUUUAAAAACAACAAGAUCUCUUUUAAACUGGGAGAAGAGUUUGAAGAAACUACCCCAGGUGGCCGUAAAACCAAGAGUACAGUGACCUUGGAUAAUGAUGCCAUGAUCCACAUUCAGGACUGGGGAGACAAGGAAACCACCAUCAGGAGAAAGUUGGUGGAUGGGAAAAUGGUGGUGGAAAGUGCUGUGAACAAUGUCAUCUGUACACGGACAUAUGAGAGAGUGUAG